GUGAGAUAACCCAAACCAGAUGUCAUUGUGUCACUUAUCAACUAAGUUGAACCCAAAAUACGUUAUGCUUAACUUCAUAACUAUCAUCAAAGCUCAAACAGAACGGCGUCCUCAUGAGAAAAUCCCAAAAAACAAGAAGUUCUAAACAUGCCUAUUUAUGGAAUUCAAAACAGCUUCAACUGAAUUCCUGUUAGCAUCGAUGGACAGAAACUCUCGCAAAAGGUCCUUAGAUGAUGAUGGCGAUGAUGACGAUGACAUAGGAAAUCCUUACGAAGGUGACUUCAUACAGCCUGAAACUCCCAGUGAAGCAGCAAUUUCAAGACGUCAUGCUGCACGUACUAUACAUGCUAGAAGUGGUAGGAGGUCCAUGUUUGUAAGAAAAGAAAUGAGGGGCUUAAAGGCUUACGUCACGGAGUACUGCGCUACUACCACUAUGCAUGGGUUCCGGUAUCUGGCUGAAAGUAGGACAAGCUGUGAGAGGUAUUUCUGGCUGACCCUUCUACUUCUGGCAAUAUGUGUUUGCGGCGUUCUGAUCAGCAGGAUACUCUUGAGGUUCAUGUCGCAUCCGGUCAUCGUGAGUUUUUCUAACAAGGAGUCGCCGAUUAACACUGUGCCCUUCCCAGCUGUCACAAUCUGUCCAAUGACCAAGACCAAGAGAUCCAUCUUCAAUUUUACGCAGGCCAUCUACGACGUAAUGGAUGGAAAAGAUAUCACUGAGGAACAAGAUAACUUGGGAGAAUAUUUGACCCUGCUUUGUCACUACUCAGGGAGGCAUUUCAGAGAGAGCGAUUUAUUGGAUGACGACUUUUUAGAACAACUUGACAACGUGAAGCUCGACAUUUCAGAAUUUGCUGAUAAUUGUUGGUACCUUAACAACUGGCAUGACCGAUGUGAAAAGUUUUUCUGGCCCAUAAUUGUGGACGAAGGCAUUUGUUAUACUUUUAACAUGUUGGAUAAGCAUCAUAUCUUCUUCGACGACGUGGACAUUCGAUAUAUUUUUAGGUUUUUUCCAAAGGAUUUCUUCAAUCCACAAACUCAAUGGAAUUUAUCUUGGACCAUUGAUCAAGGCUAUACGAAUAGAAGUAUUUACGCGUACCCUUAUAGGGCAUACCUACCCGGAUAUGACAACGGUUUGCACAUAGAAUUUCAGCAGUCAUCUAGUGAACUAGACUACUUGUGCUUAGACAGCAUACAAGGAUUCAGCAUUCUAUUGCAUGCGCCUCAUGUGGUCCCUCAAAUGAAGAAACAUCACAUCAAAGUAGCUUUUGGAGACGCCGUGAUAGCUACAGUGCAACCAAAUUUGAUCAAAACUCCAGACGAAGUGAGGAAAUACCAUCCAGACAUACGAGAAUGCUAUUUCACUAAUGAAAAGGUACUGUUGUAUUUCAAACAGUACAGUCCGGAGAACUGUAGAUUGGAAUGUAUUACAAACUACACAUUGGAAAUAUGUGGAUGUGUAAACUUUCACAUGCCGCGAAAUAAAUCAACUCCAAUAUGCGGCCUGGGUAAAUAUUUUUGCAUGAAAAAAGCUGAACGGGACUUGAAGUAUUUAGAACUGCACAACAGUUUGAAUGUUGGAAAAGCUGCAUUUUUCUGCGACUGUAGACCAGCAUGUGUUCAUUUGAAAUAUGAGGCAGAUCAUUCGCAAUCAAAUUGGCAUUACGACCGGUUGUACUUUGCAAAACAGAGAAAAGAGAUGAACACGUCGCUCGUCCACGCAAAGCUGUCAAUUGUCUUCAAAUACGAUUCUUUUCUCACAUCUGAAAGGAACGAGCUGUAUGGGCCUACCGAUUUCUUGGCAAACUUCGGAGGAUUGCUGGGCCUGUUCACUGGAUUUUCACUAUUAUCUCUGAUAGAAAUUAUAUACUUUUUAACUAUCCGGCUAUGGUGUAAUGUGAGACUGUACAAUUUUUGGGCAGGCAAUGUGUAGUGAAAGUAUUUUUAAUCGUCGUAAAGUCAUUGAUAGUCUUAGGAGUUAGUUUUAGGAGUAAUCAUGUUAUAUUUUAUUAUUAUAAUAUAGGAGAUUUUAUAAUA